GUUUGAGGCAGGGUACAAAAUGGUGCAGCGGGGACGUCGUUGAGCUGUUUCGUGCUCGUGGUGUUCAGGGCGUCGCUUCGUUGGUGAUGUGGCGCUCUGAGAGCAGAGUCGAGCCGGCUGCCACCAGCCCUUCGGCGUUCUGGGAGCUCCUCGCCUUGCUGGGGAGAGAACCCGGUAUGGAGUGGCUGCUGCGUAGUCCAAAUGGCUGCACUGGAUCGCUGGGUUCAAGCGGACAGGAGUCUGGUGGCGGGGACAGAGUGGAUGAACUCAGCCAUGUUUCUAAGAAGCAUCCCUUGGGUCCUUGGCCCCUGAAGACUCUUAUGUUACUGGAGGGCUCAGGAAGUAACCACCAAUGGCAGCUGUACUGCGAGGGCCUGAAGAAUUUCCUUGCCUUUAGAGAAUGCAUGGCACUACCUGCAGCUUGGCCAGUUCCAGUGGGCCAAGUGAAAGGGUUCUUGGUUAUCAUGGAGUGCCAGGAUCUGCCUCCCACAAAAAUAAUAAUGUACGUGGAAGGACUAUCCUUCAUCUCCAAACUGGUAGAUCAUCCUGAUCCUCUUCAAGACCCUGCUGUCUGUCAUAUGAUAUCAAGAUUGAAACGUAGGACUGCUCUUUCAAAAGAGAAAUACUCUCCUGUAACAAUUGAAGUGUUAAGAUCUCUCCUGGGAACUCUGGAGUCUGUGUGUAGCUCUCCUUAUGAGUGUAUAUUGUUCCGUGCCUUAUUUACUGUGGCUUUCUGGGGGGCACUACACACAGAAGAAAUAGUGGCAAAUCACAAAAAUGUAGUGCAGCCAAAGCUCUUGUACUUGAGUGAUCUCCAGCUGACUGGCUGGAGUGCAAACCUUUGCUUGCGUGCAUCUCAAAUAGGUCAAGAAAGGGCUUUGGUCCAACUGGCACUUUCUAGAGAGAUGUGGGUAUGUCCUAUUGAAGCUCUCCGUGUCUAUGUGGCAGCACGGCCACAAGGAGAGGGUCCUCUCUUUGUGCAUUUGGAUAGUAGACCUGUCACAAAGAGGGAGUUCCUAACAGUCUUCCAACGUGCUCUUGGACUUGCUGGACGUCCUCCGAAUCAGUAUGGUGUGCAUUCCUUCUGGCUGGGGGCUCUUGUAACAGCAUGGUCUUCAUGGGUAUUCUGAUGAAGCCAUUGACAGAAUAGCAACUACUACUUUUCUCAUCCAAGAUGGCUUUGAGACUGUCUUGAUUUUAAAACUAUUGUGACUUGUGGGUCUGUUGGAAUGGAUGCAUACAGCAUAUUUGUGCUGGCUCUAUUUUGACCUUAUGUAAUUUCUCAUUAAACUGCAUUUUCUUUUCAUAAACUCUUCUGGUCUUUUUGUUGUGUGCUGGUCAAAGGCUGUGAUUCUGCACAACAGUGACAUGUUAACUUGGUACAGGCAUGCAUCCCAUUUACAGUCUGGUGGAAUGAGAAAUAAACCUAGCUGAUGACUGACAGUUUGAAGCUAAGCUGUGGAUAUGAAGAGAGUUCAGCUGCUAACUGAAUAUGACAGUAACAGAGAAGUUACCGAUGUUGUCCAGGCUGCAGUUGCAUAGCAGCUGUGUCCAACCUCAGUAGCUGCUGCUAUUGUCUCAGUCUCUAUGUAUGUGGGCCUGCCCCUUGACAAUUAGAUCCUUCACUGUGCCCUUUUC